AUGGACCUGUGUCUGAGCUCCGAGCUGCGGGAAGCACCGUGCACCCCAGAUGGCUGCUUAGAGCCGCCGGCGGAGGCGAGGUCUCUCCAAGAGGAUGGCACCAGCAGACCCCCAGGAGAUUCUAACAAGAUAGAACCAUCUCUUCAUAGCCUUCAGAAAUUUGUCCCUACAGAUUACGCCAGCUACACACAGGAGCGUUACCUGUUUGCAGGCACGAAGAUCGUCAUCCAAGAAUCCAUAGAGAGCUACGGAGCGGUGGUGUGGCCAGGGGCUACCGCUUUGUGUCAGUAUUUGGAGGAACAUACAGAGGAACUGAAUCUCCAAGAUGCCAAGGUACUUGAGAUUGGUGCUGGACCAGGCCUUGUCUCCAUUGUGGCCAGUAUUUUAGGAGCUCAAGUCACAGCAACGGAUUUGCCUGAUGUUCUAGGAAACCUUCAAUACAAUCUUUUGAAGAACACAUUAAAACGUGCAGCACAUCUGCCGGAAGUGAGAGAGCUGGUUUGGGGAGAGAGCCUGGAGCAACACUUCCCCAAGUCGACGUUUUAUUACGACUAUGUUCUGGCCUCGGACGUGGUCUACCACCACUACUUCCUGGACAAGCUGCUCACCACCAUGGCGUACCUUUGUCAGCCAGGGACGGUGUUGCUUUGGGCAAACAAAUUCAGGUUCAGCACCGAUUAUGAAUUCUUAGAUAAAUUCAAGCAAGUUUUUGACACAACACUCUUGGCUGAAUUUCCAGAGUCAUCAGUCAAAAUUUUCAAAGGAAUACUAAAAUGGGAUUAA